AUGGCGAUGCUUGCGAAGACCCAGCGGGUGCUGACGCGCCAGUUGUCGUUCCUCUGGCGGAUGCUCGCCCUCGAGCAGCCCCAGAGCCAGGAGAAGGAGCGUGUCCUCUACAAGUGGGACGAGCUGCCCUACGAGGACAUACGCACCCGGGCGGCGUAUAUACGCGCCAUGGCCAAAUGCCCCGUCACCAAAAAACCCGUCGAGUACGUGUGCCCAGUGCUGGGCAUCCCCACCCACCAUCUGGAGGAGGCGUGGUUGGCCGACACCGACUACCACGCCAACAAGACCUACGACAAGUUGAAGAAGGUCAACUUGUACGAGCACGACAUCCGCUCGGGGCGCAAGUUCGACGAGUUCCUCUUCCCGAAGGAGCAGCUGAAGGACAACACCACCAACUUGCUGAACUGGGACUCUUACUUUUACACGCGGGACUUCAUGCCGAUGAACACCGAGUACAACUUGGCCGCCGCCACCAAGGUGUUGACGUACCCGAUGACGAUCGCGGCGUUGUUGCACAAGUUCUCCCCCUACCACGGCGAGCCCAAGGGCCCGUUGACGGUGGAGGGGCUCAAGCUGUUGGCGGCGUUGCGCUACCUGUUGUACCCGCCCUACGUCAAGCAGACGGAGGCGGUGACGUUUAAAGAACGGCCCAUCCGUAUCUUUUUGUUGGGGGCGAAGAUGGAGCUGAUGUUACCCGGGUACGUGUGGAAGCAGAUGGGGUACCUUUUCCCCGAGGCGCGCUUCGAGAUCCACUUGGUGGGGCCCGAGGCCUACUUUGACCGCGAGCAGCGGACGUUUGGCAAGACCAACGUCGACCACGGGCGCGCCUUGGUCGACCGCUACGACGACCAGAUCACCCUCCACUACCACACCCACUACUUCCACGAGCUCUACGACAUGGGCGACCUCUUCCCCUUCGACCCCUACCUCGACGUCUUCUUCGCCUUCCACCCCGGGUUCCAGACCGCCGACCGCGUCCACUGGGACAAGUCGCUCCCCGGGUUGCUCGAGCUGAAGUGCGGCGUCUUCGUCACCGGCUACCACCUCGAGGACGCCCAGCGCGAGUUGGCGUGGUUGCAGGCGCACCCGUUGCACGACGAGAUGGACGUCCUCAUGCACCCGACCCAGAACUUAUUCGCCUGCACCAAGUUGGACUUGGUCGACACCAACCCCACUGAGACGUUCAACCUGAACGCGGUGAUGUUUGGCGUCCGGGGCAAGCGCUACCACGCCAUCAAGACGUGA